GUCGAUCCAGUUUCACAUUUUCGUGACGACAGUCCGGAUCCAGGAAGAACAACUCAUUUCAGCGUUUACAGCUUUUUCACAGGUUCUGCGAUUCAUGCUAGUGCUGUGUCCUGAAUGCACAACACAAACUCGUUGCGAACGAGCUGUUAACACAGCGUCAGUGGAGAACUUUCCGCUCCAGCAGCAGAGAGAUGUUUGGUAAAUACGGACCCUUGAGCUUCUUAGCAGCAACAGUCGUGACGGUGUUGCUUCUGGAUGCUGCUGCUGUUGCAGACGCUAAGAACUUUGAAGAUGUUCGCUGCAAGUGCAUCUGCCCUCCGUACAGAAACAUCAGUGGCAACAUUUAUAACAAAAAUGUUACCCAGAAAGAUUGUACCUGCCUCCAUGUUGUUGAGCCCAUGCCAGUUCCUGGAUAUGAUGUAGAAGCUUACUGUCUGCUGUGUGAGUGCAAGUAUGAGGAGCGGAGCAGCAACACCAUCAAGGUCACCAUCAUCAUUUACCUGUCGGUCGUGGGCGCAUUGCUGCUCUACAUGCUGUUCCUGCUCCUUGUUGAUCCUCUCAUCCGCAAACAUGACCCCUACACUCAGCCUCUGCACAACGAGGAAGACAGCGAGGAGAUGCGUCCGCAGGCCGACAGUGGGCCGAACAGAGGAAACACGGUGCUGGAGCGGGUCGAGGGAGCACAGCAGCGCUGGAAGAAGCAGGUGCAGGAGCAGCGAAAGACCGUUUUCGAUCGACACAAAAUGCUGAGUUAAACCGUCCCCUUGAGAUUAAAAGCAGGUUUUAGUGUAGAUGACCUCCUUAAACUCAGAUCACAAACCAGCACAGCAUCACUCUGGAUCAGUGUUUCCACAACAAAAAACAGCAUGACCAUUCAACAGUCUCGACGUCAAUCAGCUUUUGGCUGUAACGAGCUAAAAAUGAAAACAUGUUUUGCACACUUUAAAAGUAAAUAUGCUUAUUAUGGAAUGUAUUAUGAUUAAUCUUGAAGAUAUUCUGAUGUUUCAAUAAUGAGUAAAUAUUGGGCAGCUUUUGGUCCAUUUAGAAACUUACCUCACGAGUGGUACACUGGUUUCAUUUCAACUCGCUAGCUUAGGCAGUUGCAGUUCUUCCAAGCUUAUCGAUAUGAAAUACUUGAUGUAAAAACGUUAAUAUGUUCUGUGUUUGCAGUACGGUCUGCUCCUCUCAGAUCUUUUUCACCUCAUUCUGUGCCUUUUCCCUUCUCUCUGUGAGGGAAAAUGUGUUGAAUGGACUCAAAAGAGACUGAAAAACCAGCACUUAAACGCUUCCAAAACAUUUGAUUGUUCUUUAAUUUAAUCCAAUAUUUUGUUUUUGCACUCGUGUGAAAUAAUAUAUGAAAAAAUGUCCUUUAAGAAUGUUUUUAUUUUACUUUAAGAAAAAAAAAGAACUGAACUUAAUCAGUUUUCGCAUCAAAGCUUGAAGUUUUAUUUUUUCCAAAAACAAAGAAAAGACAUAAGAUCCUGUAUUCUGUGCUUUGUAACUUCAACUUAUUGAAUGUUUAUUGAUCAGCUAUUGCCGUGUUUUUACACAGAUGAUGGUAACAUUAAAGGAAAAAUCUUACAUUGAACCCUGUAAAAAAUGAAGAAUUUGAAGAACCAAUAUUAAAUUACAGCUGUUACAGAAAUUUGUAGGAUGAAGUCGACAUCCACUCCGGCUGUUUUGAUGAUUCAAAGUGGCGUGAAGCUUUUCUAAAACUUCUUAUGUUGUAUUUUCCUUUAAUUCUUUCCUCUUUUAGCUUAAAAUGACAAUUUUACUGAUGGCAUGUUUAGUUCAAUGCUUAAUAAAGAAAAACAACAUGCUUAA